AUGGCGAAAGAUGUAAAGAUUUCUUAUCUGAAAAGCUUACAAGGCUACCUAUGGAUCAAGGGCUACCAGAACGGCAAUUACACCGCGCCCUUGUUCCCAGAUGUUGCACCUCAGCUCAAAGCAUGGCACGCAGCAGGAAAGACGCUCGCCAUCUUCUCUUCAGGCAGCGUAGACGCCCAGAAGCUCUUCUUCCAGUACACGGGUAGCGGCGAGGCGCGCUCGGCUACAGAAGACCUCAACUACCUCAUCACGGACUACUUCGAUACCGUUAAUGCCGGGCCGAAGGCUGAGGGUCAGAGUUAUGUGAAGAUUGCCGAGAAGCUGGGGAGGAAGUGUGGGGAUGUGUUAUUCUUGAGUGACAACGUUAAUGAGGUUCGCGCUGCGCUUUCAGUGGGCAUGAAAGCUGCUGUCGUCGAUCGGCCUGAAAACGCUCCACUUAGCGAGGAGGACAAGAAGGAAUUGGUAAUCAUCAAGGGACUACAAGAAGUCUAG